AUGGACAGCGAUGAAGAAAGCAGAGAUGAUGACAGGGUUGACAGUGAUGACCAGUGUGACAAUCCAGAUGAGAAAAUGGAGUUUAAACUUUUUUAUGAAAUGUGGAAGGUUGGAAAAUGGGCCGUUACUGUCACCAAUGUUCAGAAAGACCUCAACGAAUUGUUGUUCAUAGUACACUUGGAAGAAAGCAACCAACCCGAAGAUCUUAAUUGGGAAGUGGUAACAACCCAGUCAGAUAUAAACGACUUGUAUAAUUACUGCGAGGACACAAGUCAUCUUCCUUCCAUAUCGACAAUAAUGGAGUAUUCAGCUACAGAAACAGAAUGGAAUGAGGAAGAAGCAAGAGAAUCUUUGGAGAAGUUCUUGCAGGGGCUGGUGACGGAUCCAAAGCUUGGCAGCUCUGAGCUUGUGUUUACAUUCCUCUGCCCUGCUCACAGGAUGAGUGAAGAAGAGCAAAACGAUGGGAUUUGGGAUCUUUUGGCCAAAAUGGCAUCCUUUCUUACUUCUGGCCUGGAAGAAGAUGAUGAGUUUAAUGAACACAGCUUAGAGGAGAAACAAAAUGAUGAAACAACACAUCAACAUGAACUGGAUGAAACCCAGUCAACAAAUGUAAACACACUGGAAGGACCACACAAAGAAGCCAUGGGUGAUAUGUUGGAUAAGAACUGUUGGUAUUCUUCCACUCCUGAAUGUUUAACUGCAUGUACAAGUGAAAAGGAAGAAUCAGCCCACUCAUAUGACUUUGACCAUCCUGAGACGAGUUCCAGUGGAACCGAAGGUGCUGAUGACAAUGUAGAGCACCAUACUGGACAUCCAACCCGACAUGCAGCUUGUCUGAGCUCAGACAGUGACGACGAUAGCUUAAACAAAUCCACAUCUUCCAGUUCUGAUAAAUGCUACUCUGAUGGAAUUAAAAACAAGAGGGAUAACCUCAGUCAGAAAAAAUCACCAAGAGCAGACAAACCCUCUAAGGAACAAAAACAUGAUUAUAAGGUGAUAUUUGAUUUGCUGAAGGAAAUAUCAGGUAGGUUAUAA